UAGGGCUGGGAGAUUUCUGUUCAAUAAUUUCAAAAUGAAAUGAUGAUGUCAGGCUAUUUGGUUUGCUUUCUACUUCUAGAUCCGUUUUGGUGAACUGGUGGUGUUGAGGAGGCUGAAUGAAUGGAACAGUUAGGGCAGCUGGGAAGUUUGCAUUUCAUGCUCUCUGCUUACCACAAGACACAAACAACAUUGUGUCUCUAAACUGACCUGGAAUCACUGGAGCCCUGUGUGUCCUGAGGGACUCUGAGGACCUCUGAAGGGCGCAGUGAUGGAUAACCGUUUUGCUACAGCACUAGUAAUUGCCUGUGUUCUCAGCCUCAUCUCUACCAUCUAUAUGGCAGCUUCCAUUGGCACUGACUUUUGGUACGAGUACCACACCCUGUCCCCAGCUGAGAAUGUUAGUGAAGCUGGUAGGACCAUCUGGGAGGAGUUUGUCAGCGAAGAGGCUGAUGAGAAGACCUACACAGAUGCGCUAAGCACAGUUGGAUUGUGGCGGAGAUGUAUCACAGUACCCAAAAACUCUCACUGGUACAGCCCACCAGAAACCGAUAUGACUACAAACUGCAUCAGUUUUUCUCUCUCCGAUCAGUUUAUGGAAAAGUACAUAGAGCCUGGAAAUCACAACAGUGGCACGGAUUUAAAUCGGACUUAUCUUUGGCGAUUGCAGUUUCUCCUGCCCUUUGUCAGCCUUGGCCUCAUGUGCUUUGGGGCUCUGAUUGGGCUCUGUGCUUGUGCCUGUCGCAGCCUUUACCCGGCCAUUGCCACUGGAGUCCUCCAUUUCCUAGCAGGGCUUUGUACACUGGGCCUGGUCGGCUGCUACGUAGCUGGGAUUGAGCUGCUCCAUAAGAAGCUGCCCCUGCCUGAUGAUGUGAGGGGUGAAUUUGGCUGGUCCUUCUGCCUCGCCUGUGUCUCGGCACCUCUGCAGUUUAUGGCAGCUGCUCUUUUCAUCUGGGCAGCUCGCACCAACAGAAAGGAAUUCACUCUCUUGAAAGCAUACCGUGUAGCAUAAGUACUGCUACUGAAGUAUUGGGUUUCUGUGUUAUAGCCUCUGCUUCCCCCAACCCUUACUAUAUUUUUCUUUUAGUCAGAAUUUUAUCUUGUACUGCAUGCUUCUUGCCAGUUGAGACAAUUUAGCCUGCAGGCCCUGAAGACAAAGACCUCUGGGCUAAAUGACAAAACUCUUCCAGAAGUCUGCA